GCAGUGAAUGCUGCCAUCUUCCUGUACUGACUUGUGGAAGGGGCUUUCCAGUCAAAUUUAUAUUCAGUGUUUCUGUACAGAGAUCACAUUAUACAGCUGGGAGAUGACAACGCUACGACAACAAAUAGAAAAGCGUUACGAUCCAGACGACCGUACGCUGAAAUUUGUGAAAAGGAAGGAUGAGAUCACAGGUCUUUAAACAUCUUUUGAUUUUUCUUCGAGAUGACCACGUCCUUUCAGAUCAAGGCGGUGUGACUUCAACUGGAGAUGAUGAUCCUAAUAUUUUGCGAGCAGAAAUGUCCUGCAAACAUGCAGUUGAUCCAAAUUCACUGACUAGUUGGUGUCGAAGUCUCCUCGAUCAGGGUCAGUAUAAGUUCUUCUGCCCAGCACUAAAGGAGGGAACGACAGAGAAAUGUGGACAUGAAUGGCCCUAUGAUGAAGUUCGCAAACUGGCGGUUCUGACCGCAGAAGAGCAGCAAUAUUUUGAGGAAACUGUUGCUGUGUUGGCUGCAGCUGAGUACUGUGAAUACCAAUCAUGUCCAGGAUGCAGCACAUUUGUUGAACGCAAAGACCUGGCUAACCUAAGUGUCCACUGCGUAAUCUGUACUGCUGAGAAACAGAGUGUUUUUGAAUUCUGCUGGCAAUGCCUGAAACCAUGGAAAGGACCUGGGCCACGUUCUGAUCGAUGUGACAAUGAAGGAUGCACCAACAUAGAAUUGGAUACACUGCGUACCUGCCCAUUAAUUAACCUCCCAGAUACUGUUGUGACAAAUUGCCCUUCUAUUCGGGCCUGUCCUACUUGUGGCAGGCUGCUUGAGCACAACCAAUUUGGUUGUAAAAAUAUUAGAUGCAGUAGGUGUUUUGUCGAAUUUUGCUUUGUCUGCCUUGAGCUGACGGCUACGUGCCAGGCAACCAGACAAGGGUCAUGGUAUGGUUAUUGUGCAAAAGAGAUGGCACCAAGGCAAAAUUCAAUACCAGUCUGGAAACAAAGAGGUUCUCAUUAGUUGUAUCACUAGUGAUGUUCACAAUAAGAUAACACAGGAUUUAAUGGGCUGAAUUUAAUUUCUUCCCCUCAAAGAAUCCGUUGGCAGGGAUUUUCAAUCAAGUGUGAGGUCACACAUGGGUACCCUUAAACUUUGAACGUUCACUUCAAUCCCUCAUGGAAGGCCUAUGGACAGCCUUCUCUUUCUUUUUCCAGAAUUGUGACACUAAUGUGCACCACAAACGCGCCCAGCCCAUUACAGUUGUCUAUUCCGGGCCUGCCCAGAAUCUAUGUAUUUUUUCCCCCAAAAUCACCUGUGAUUAUUUUUAUGUUUUAUAGUGAGACAGCAAAUGAAGACAGCUUUGUAAAAAGGGUUUAUUAACACUUUUUUCCCCACCACCCCAGGAAUACACCCAUGUAGCUAAUUUGCAAGCUAUGCCUGUUGAGGGCAAGGCUAAUGUUAAAAAGUGAGAGAGGUCAGGGAAAGAGGGAGGGGACUAAAGCAAAAUGGAAUUCGUGGCAGAGAAUGAAGUGCUAUACCCCCUGUAGUGCCCACCUCUCCCUAAAGGCAUCGAGAGAAACGAUGGGCACUGUGUGCUCCCUCUCCAGUGAUGCCCGGGCAUGAACAUAACCACAGAAGAGGGGCAGACCAUUGGUAGAGAUGACCCCUUCCACAGCCCACUGCCUGGGAUUUCUUACUCAAUGCCAAAGUGUGUACACCUAAUCAAGCAAUUAAUCAUACUGAACAACCUAAUCCCAUAAUCACUGAAAUUAUCACAGUAACAGGUAGGUAACAAACAAGCUCUGAAAAAUUUGCUUGCAGGCCUCUGACAUGAGGGAUGGGUCCCUCAUUUAAAGACAUGGUGUCUGGUUAAAGGACCUUGCAUUGGCAAGGGGCCCCCACUGACAACCCUUGCUGCUGGUCCACCUCUUCCCCCUCCCGUCCACCCUUACCCCCUCCUCCCAUUGCUUCCCUUUGUCCUGAGAAUCACUGGCAAUAUUUGGCCUCAGCUGGGUGUCACACUAGCGGCAGCUAUUACCACUGUGAUGGUAUUGCUGUACAAUAGAGCGUUUGAGAAGUAACAAUUCCCAAAGUCAUUGAUUCUGGGAAAGUCCAUCAUUUAUGGCAGUUGACACAGUGAGCGUGCCCUAAACAAGGCUCUCAUUGGCUCUUCAGCCAAUGUGCAAGAUCCCCUCACCCCCAUUACAAAAAAAGUCAGUGAAUUCAGUCAAAUAGUGUGGGCUCUUUUGUCCCAAUAUCCGAAAAACAUUUACAUCUUUUAACUUCCUCCAGCAGUUUAUUAAAACUUUGAAAUGUGCUUCCCAACCUUUUUCCCACAGAAGCUCUAUUUUGAGGCUUCAAAAUUGUCACAGCUCUUCGGCGAGGACUCUGAGAGCCAGGGAGGUGGGGUAGAGGUGAUGGGGAGACCCUACAGAGCAGAGUAGCCAGAAGAGCCUCUGAAAACACAGGCCUGACACCUAUUAAAAAUCAGUCAAAGCCUCGUGACUGCCAUUACUGCUUUGGAGCCCAUGACCACAAAGGUUCAGCUCUCAACCCCUUUGAGAUCACAAUCCUGACUUUGAGUAGUCCCUCUGUAAUUUUUCUCAAUAUCAAAGUGGAGAUUUCAUUGAUCAAACAGAUGAACUUCAAGAGUAAAUCCACUUUUCUGGUAAUUACAUGUAACAUUGAUGAAAUACAAGCGAGCAUAUGUGGUGGAAUGUUUGAUUAUGCUUGCUUGGAAAGAUUAAUUGAAUAAUAAUGGCUUGAAGUAAUUGCUGAACCUUACAUUUCAAAGCAUGUGGGAAUGUGAGCGAUUAACAUUUAAACGGAAGAGAGAUUUUCCUCAGUCAUUUAUGUUAAAUUAGAAGCUGUAUGAAGGAACUGGAAUCUUUAAACCAAAUAAGGGUAUCUUUACUUGCAAUUUUACUAUAAACUGUCUGCUUAUAAUCAAAUAAAUGAACAUGGUGCAAUAA